AGGUGAGUGAACAAUAUUUUGGCUGCUUGAAUGACAGUUAUUCUCUCCGGUUUAACACAUGAACGCUUAUGUAUCAUGGUGUAAUAUCGUACAGUAUCUGGUCGUUACAUGUGUCUAUUAGUGGGUCUAAUUUCUAAUAAGGAACCGUGAAAAGAGUGGGCAUGACUCUUUUGAGUCCACUCCUUACCGUGAUGGUUACACCCCAGUGACAGACAGACACUGAUCUUGCCAAGAUGGGGUUGCUGUCAACACUGACCCGUGGACUUGUCAGGGGAGCGGAUCGACUGUCCGCCUUCACCAGCAAGCGCGGCCCAAGGUCUCACUACAAAGGCAGAGGUUCAAGACCAGCCGGUCGUCUGACGUGUAGCGGGAAGUUUGUGCGCGUGAACGAGAUGAUUCCCGAGUUUGUGGUGCCCUCUCUGGAGGGAUUCAAUCUCAGGCCGUACGUGUCAUAUCGUGCACCCCAGGGAACGGAGCCCGUCCUCACACCAGAGACUCUCUUUAACCAAACAGUGGCCUCACAGAUUCAGAAGGAUAUUGAGGCAGGUACGUUUGACAUGAACAACCUGGAAAAAUACGGCCUUGACCCUAAACAGGAGGACAAACUAUUCAAACUCUAUCCCAAAAACUAUGUGCGUUAACAGAUCAUGUAUGGACUGGAUUUACAAAUAACCCAUCGCCAAGUUGAAACGGUGUGAAAUGAUGAACAAUGACUUCUUGGAAACAUCUGGGCACAAAGAAUAAUAUCUAUCCAAACUGUUGUUGACCAUCCUGUUUGGUUGUGAAGCCAAGUUGUUACUGUUACUUUGUUUAUCUAAUUGUGACAGGAUCUCUAUGAGACCCUUUUCCCAUUGAAAUCAGCAUGCACAAUAUUUAAUAAAGGACCAGUAAAUGAA